AAUUGGUCAACCGAAACGGAACCUUUUAUUUUCCCGUCCCGCGUUCUCCCCCACCGUCCCGCGUCCGCCGUGCCUCCCCACCGGCGGCCACCGCUACCGGCCCACCUAUCUCCGGCACCCGGCGCUCCUCACCCUCCCUUCUCCACGCGAUGGCGAUUCGCCGCGGCGGUAGCCAGUCCUACGGCUUCCCGAUCUACUGCGCCGCCUGGCUCCCGCUCGCCCACAUCCUGAAGCCCGACCGUCCCGCCGCCGAGGCGGACGCGGAUGCCCCCUCACCCUCCCCUCCCCCGCCUCCGAUGGUUUUGCUCGGGGGCGGCGGUGGGAAGGGACGGAACGGCGUGCCGAACAAGCUCGUGAUGGCGGCCCUCGCCGCCGGCGAAGAGGCCGCGCCGGCCCUCUCCCCCGAUACGGUGAUUGAGGUGAGGACCCAAGAGGAGGUGCCGUACAGAAUGGCCGUACACCCGCGCGGCGACGGCGUGUUCUGCGCUUUCCCCAACGGCUGCAAGUUGUAUCGAUGGGAAUCACAGGAAGGAGAGGGGCUACAGAACUUGUCUUUGGAGCCAGACCAGGAAGCUUUAGCGGAGCUGAAAGAAGAUGGUUUGCAGUUGGCCAUAUCCUUCAGUCAAGAAGGUUCAAUACUUGCCAUUGGUGGUGAAGAUGGGCAUUUAAGAGUCUUCAAGUGGCCGGCUAUGGCGCCUGUUCUCACAGAAACUGAUACUAAAACAUCAAUUAAGGAUCUUACCAUCAGUUCCGAUGAGAGGUUUAUUGCCGUGAAUAGGAGCAGUGGCCCAUGCAGAGUGUGGGAUUUGCAGUCAUCUGAAGUUGUAGCCAGUCUGCCAAGAGAAGCAGGGGAAAUGUUUGGAUUCUGCAGAUUUUGUAAUAAGGCAGACAACAGUCAUGUCCUAUUUAUAACAGCAAUGGAAGGUGAUUAUGGAAAAAUAGUAUCUUGGAAUACUACCUCAUGGACAAGAACAGGAUCAAAGAAAAUAACUCGUGAGGCAAUUUCAGCGUUUGCGGUGUCGCCCAACGGUGCUCUCCUUGCAAUUGGAACAAUCGAAGGAAGCGUGGUCAUAGUCGACUCAAAAGACAUGCGGACACUUGUAACAGUUAAAAAGGCCCAUCUUGGUGUUGUGACUACACUGUCCUUCUCUCAGGAUUCAAGAACAUUGCUGUCAACUUCCUUUGACUCUACUGCAAGGGUGACGUACGUUGGUUCCCCGAAGAGUAAUGGAACAAGUAUAUGGCCCAUCCUACUAGUUAUCAUUCUUGCAGUUUUAGUGUACUACUGUAUGCAGCACAAAGAAGACAUUCUGGCGAUGUUGCCGCGUUGAGAUAGAUUUCUGUUGAGCCCCACCGCUCCCCUGACUGAUCUACUCUACUGGACAUAUUAGUAGUGUUGCUUCAGAGAUUGGACAAGUUUUGGACUUAGGUCAACUUCAUUAUUUUCUCAAGGAUACAACAAUACAGCAAAAGGUGUUGAGCCCUUUCAUGUUUGUAGUAGAAAGGGUCAUGUACUCAGGUUGUCCAAGUUUUGUAAGUUGAUGAUGGCCGCAAGUGAUAGUCAUCUGUGUUUAUGUUUAAUCAUGCCGCACUUGUGAGUUGCAAGGAGAUCGUCCCAAGAGUCCAAUACAGUGAGUUGCAAGGAGAACAAUCUGUGUUUGGAUG